AUGUUGACAUUGUUGUCAGCGAUGUACAUAGUGGUGCGGGCGGCAUCGUCGGAGGCCGACCCAAUCCGUGUGCUGGUGACUGGCGCUGCUGGACAGAUCGCCUACUCUCUGCUGUACAGCAUCGCCAAGGGAGAUGUCUUCGGCAAGGACCAGCCCAUCAUCUUGGUCCUGCUGGACAUCCCUCCCAUGUUGCCAGUUCUGGAUGGGGUUGUGAUGGAGCUGCAGGACUGUGCUCUCCCACUCCUCAGGGAGGUCAUCCCCACCGAUAAGGUGGAAGUGGGCUUCAAGGAUCUGGAUGCCGCCAUCUUGGUGGGCUCUAUGCCCAGGAAGGAGGGCAUGGAGAGGAAGGACCUCCUGAAGGCCAACGUGGCCAUCUUUAAGACCCAGGGUGCCGCACUGGAGAAGUACGCCAAGAAGACCGUUAGGGUCUUAGUGGUGGGAAACCCUGCUAACACCAACUGUCUGAUUGCCUCCAAGUCCGCCCCCUCCAUCCCCAAGGAGAACUUCUCCUGCCUGACCCGUCUAGACCACAACAGGGCCCGUUCCCAGGUGGCGAUGCGUUGCGGCGUGCCCGCCGAUGCAGUCAAGAACGUCAUCAUCUGGGGAAACCACUCAUCCACCCAGUACCCUGACGUGCACCACGCCAUGGUCAACGUGCAUGGCAAGGAGGUGGAGGCGUACGACGCCGUGAAGGACGACAGCUGGCUCAAGGGAGACUUCAUCUCUACGGUGCAGCUGCGUGGUGCCGCCGUCAUCAAGGCCAGGAAGCUCUCCAGUGCCAUGUCUGCCGCCAAGGCCAUCUGUGACCACAUGAGGGACUGGUGGUUCGGCACUCUCGAUGGUGAGUUCAUGUCUAUGGGUGUGUACGCUGGUGGAAACUCUUACGGAAUCCCCGAAGACCUCAUUUACUCAUUCCCUGUUCAUAUCAAGAACAAGUCGUGGAAUAUCCAUGACGGUCUGCCCGUCAACGACUUCUCCCGCGCCAAGAUGGACGCCACAGCUGCCGAGCUGGUGGAGGAGCGAGACACGGCCCUGUCCUUCCUGAGCCAGUGACUCGCGGUGCCACCUACUGGCACACCGCCACAACAACAGCACUUAGAAGACCCCCAGAACCCUCCUGACUCACGUCUGUGACCAAUACCCUCACUCGAGUCCCGCUGCGCAUUUGGCGAGUGUGUGUACCUCUCUGUAUGUGUGUGUGUUUCACUUUGUUCAUUUCUUUAAGGUAACGGUUAUUAAUAAUAAACCUGUAAUAAAAAAAACUAUCUAAACGUUGGCCUUUGUCGGAAGACACUGGAGGAUUGUCUUUUGGGUAGAUGAUAACGCACAAUAGCUCUACUGUACUCACACGUUAUCCAACAAUAAAAACAGGUACAACUGAUAACUCA